AUGACCUUCUGGACUCGUCCAUUUAGUACGUUGACAGACUUGAGUGAGAUCUUCCGCUGCUCCCGCCUGGACUGGCGGUCCUCCAGGUGUACUUUUCGAUUCCCUAGCACGGUUAUAAAAAUCCAGUUCACAUCUUUAUACCAUAAAGAGGAAGCAAAAGAGGAAGCUUCGUCGCCUCCCCUUCGGCCUCUUUACCCUCAGAUAUCACCUCUGAAGAUCCACAUUCCGGAGCCGGAUCUCCGGAGCGUGGUCAGUCCCCUCCCGUCCCCCACAGGCACUAUCAGUGUUCCCAACUCUUGCCCGGCCAGUCCACGUGGCGCUGGAUCCUCAGGAUAUCGUUUUGUUCACAACAUUACCUCGGAUCUGCAGCUGGCAGCAGAAUAUGCCGCAAAAGCAGCAUCAGAACAGCAGGCAGAUGCAUCUGGCGGGGACAGCCCAAAGGAUGAGUCCAAGCCUCCGUAUUCUUACGCUCAGCUGAUUGUGCAGGCUAUAUCUUCAGCACAGGACAGACAGUUAACACUAAGUGGGAUCUAUGCCCACAUUACCAAGCAUUAUCCAUAUUACAGGACUGCUGACAAAGGCUGGCAGAAUUCCAUUCGGCACAACCUCUCCUUGAACCGUUACUUUAUUAAAGUCCCACGCUCUCAGGAGGAGCCUGGAAAGGGCUCUUUCUGGCGAAUUGACCCUGCCUCUGAAGCCAAACUCGUAGAGCAGGCCUUUAGAAAACGAAGGCAAAGAGGAGUGUCUUGCUUCCGAACACCUUUUGGGCCUCUCUCCUCCAGGAGCGCUCCCGCCUCCCCUACUCACCCUGGCCUGCUGUCCCCUCACUCUAGUGGCCUACAGACUCCAGAGUGCCUGUCGCGGGAGGGCUCACCCAUUCCACAUGAUCAUGACUUUGGGUCAAAAUUAGCCUCAGUUCCAGAGUAUCGGUAUUCUCAAAGUGCACCUGGAUCUCCGGUCAGUGCCCAGCCAGUGAUUAUGGCUGUUCCUCCCCGGCCAUCUACUCUGGUGGCAAAACCAGUUGCCUACAUGCCAGCAUCAAUAGUGACUUCUCAACAGCCUUCAUGUCAUGCAAUUCACGUAGUUCAACAAGCUCCCACUGUUACGAUGGUCCGAGUUGUGACCUCCUCCGCAAACUCUGCAAACGGAUACAUCCUCACAAAUCAGGGCACAACAGGAGGAGCUCAUGAAGCUGCAGGAGCAGUGUUGGACUUAGCUGGUGACCACCGAGGCAUGGAUGACAAACCAACAAUUGCAUUUGCCACGAUACCUACAGCCAGCCGUGUUAUUCAGACAGUCGCCAGUCAGAUGGCGCAAGGUGUCCCAGGACAGACAGUCACGAUCCUUCAGCAGGCAGCUCCCGUGGCCAUUGGACAGCACCAACUCCCUGUGCGGGCAGUCACCCAGAACGGGAAGCAUGCUGUCCCCACCAACAGCAUCACUGGCAGUGCUUAUGCUCUUACAAAUCCAUUGCAGCUUCUUGCAGCACAGGCCAGCUCAUCCACUCCUGUUGUAGUCAGCCGGGUAUGCGAGGCAGGGACCGAAGAGACAGCAGCAGCCUCUUCCAGUGAACCUGAAGUCAAAAGGCCCCGUAUAGAAGAGCCCAGUGGAGCAGUCCCAGCCCAAACCGGUGUCAUCACAUCCGCAAUGCCACAAGGACAGGCAACCAGUGAAUGAAGAACCGGUGGGAGGAGCUGGAAUGGUGCAGGGUGGGCAUGGGAUGGCAGCAGCCCCUAAAGCAGCUUUCAAAGAAAACAAACCACGACUGUAACAGCUUGAAACAUAGAGAAUAAAAAGCUCUUUUUAAAGUCAGAUUUUUUUCAAUGGGAGGUCAACACCUAUUAGAAUCACAAGGUGCCAAAAAGAAUGAAAAACGCCUCCCAAGAACCCAUACCUGGAACUUGGUUCUGUCUUUACCUAUGGGAUAUUUUUCCUCCUCUUUUUUUUUUUUUGAUUCAAAAAAAUAUACAGACAACUGAUUGUAUGACUGCUGGGAUUUUUUUUUUUUAACCGUCUUUUCCCCUUUUGGCUCCGAGGGGAUGGCAUUUGCAGUUCAGCAUCUAAAGGAAUGUAACACAGAUACAGUCUGCUCCCUGGAAGGAAAACUCCUUAUUUUCUAUGCCUUAAUACUUCUCAGAGCUUUGAAACAUAGGACCAUUUAAAAGGGCCACAAAAGGCAAUCAAAUGCUGAAAGAUGGGUGCAGUAUUUCACAACAACAGCAUUAAAGAAACAUGGUACCAAGCUUAAAGAAAAAGGCAGAAUGAUUUUUUUUUUGGUAGAAAAAUUCUGAAUAUGAAUGAAUGUUUAUUUAUGUGGGGAUUCAGGAGGAAGAGUUACACGGCUCAACCACCUGGAUUUCCGAAUGCAAUUUCUCUCCGUUCCCUCUGAGGGAAAAUAAGAUGACAGAGGAACUGUAUUAAUUUGGUUCCUGAAAAGAAAUUAAAAACAAAGGGUUUUGUAGCUUCAGUGUUUUCUUACAAUUAUUCAUCAGUUGCUCUGGACGACAGCUAAAGUAUCUUGAUGACUGAGGGUUACUUGGGGAUGGGUGUUUCGGAAAGGUUCUGGAUGUAUUUAAUUUUUUUUGUGCUCACAUCCUGUGCUGGAGCACUAACUAGAGUUUGUUCAAAACUAGCAUUGGAGAUCAAAGACAUUGCCACUGUCUCUGUGAACCUAAGAAAAUAUCAGUCAGUCUUCUGCGCUAAAGUGGUCUGCUUUCAUCCCUGCUAGAAGUAUGGCCCCCGGCUUGAAAACUAGAUGGGCAGCGAUCAAAGGCCAGGGUUGUGUGUGACCCUCUGCCACAGAGGGUAGCAGCCAGGCUCUGGUGUUAUGCUACUGAGAGGUUAAGUGCUGGGGUGAGAGGCAGCAGAGUACACGAACAGUAUUUAAUACAAAUUCUGUAAGUGUGUAGAAACCAAGGAAGAAGAGACCUUUUAUUUUCUAUGAGGGAAAAGUCAUUUGGGCGUCUUCAAGUUCAGUUUGGAAAACCUGUUUGGGGUUUGUUUCGUUCCUCGACUCCCUCUCUCCUCACUCCUGGUAACAUAUAUUUGGUUGGCCGGUAGGAGAAGGCUUUUAUUUCGGCUAUAUUCCAGGCUCUGUAUGUAGUACAUCUUACAAGUCGAGCAGAUUUGAGUCACUUGAACCAUGUGGAGAAGUGGGUAUGUGUGACAUGCUGUGUGACUGGCAAAGAAAUCGGCCUCAACUUAGCCUCCAGGUAACCCAUUUGGUUUUACACGUUUGAUCCCUUUGGCUAACUUGUCUUCUGGCUACACAGUAGAGAUCUUUUAACUUGGAAAACUUCCUGGCUUUGGUAAUGGCAAAAGAGAAAGCAUGAAGGGGAUGUCUUCUGUAGGUUCUCCCUCUGCCUGUACUAACUUAUUGUGGAGUUAUUGUCUUGUCAAAUCUGACAGUACUAUUCCAGAGCAGAGAGCAGCACACCUGCCAUACAACCGUGCUGCAAAGAUGUCCCCGAUCUGCACUGAAUUAUACUGUCAGUAUGCCCAUGGGGAUUAGAGAGUAAAGCACAAGGGUUUAAUGUCUGCUAGAACUUGGGGAGAGGGAAGGAGAUCCAAGAGGUAACAGCUGGUAUCACUUGUUCCCCUCUAGGUUUCCUUUCUCUUUGCCAAAUCCUAUUUAAUAGCCAAGUCCCAUCACUUGAAAACAAAACAUUCCUGGGUUUUAUCCAAGUCAAUUGUUUUGUGAGAAAUAUUUCUGAAAGAAGGAAAGAAUUUCUUGGGCUUGCGAUUCGCAGUUAAACUCCACAGUUAGAGGCACACAAAGUAUUCAGGACAGUUCAUUUAUCUACAGCUAUACACCUUAUAAUUUAGGUGUGUGCCUUUAAUGACAAGUUAUUAGAUGAGAUUUUAGUACUUUGAAAUGAUUUUGUGAAUGAGGAUUGUUACAGACCACAAUCUGAUUGAAGCAGGCCAGCCUGCAGGUUCCCUUUCCUGCUAGGAAGACUAGGUGCGGCACAGUGAAAAAGCGCACAGAUUGGUUCUGUCUAUUCUGAAGCCUUUGUGUUAAAAUGGACUUCAAGGAGGCAUACACGAGUGAGAGGGCCGCAUAGUUUAUCUAUGACGAACCAGUGAUUUUGGGUGAAUGCUGUUUCAGAUAUAGACACGCCUCUGAAACAACACUGAGGUUACAGAGCAUCACUGAAGAGAAGAUUACUUGGUUUUCCUGUAUGUUAGGUGAGUCGGUGCAAGAUGAGCAACCAACAGAACGCAGUUCAGGAUGUGAAGCUAGCAAAGUGGGUUUUCCUUUUUUUUUUUUUUUUUCUUUUGAAAAAGUCUAAGUAAUUAGGCAAGCCCUGAACUUACCCAUUCUCCUUUAGGGUACCUGGAGCUGUCAGUUCAUCCUAUUAGGCUUCUGCUCUAUCAGUCUGCCACGUUCCCCUGCUACGGUAGGAAGUGCAAUGCCACUUGAAAAAAAAUUUUAUCUAGUUACAGCAUUGCCUGAUAUUAGGCAAAGUAACAGUUCUUGCUAAAAAUCCCAUAGGGAGCUAUGGAGAAAUGUGGUCCUCAUCUGCAACAUCUCAUGUCAGGCUUCCAGAUUCGUUCUUCUAACACGCUGCCCAGUCCAGAAGGCAGCAUGUUUAGAAAAGCAGAAGGUAAAGGAACCCCCCGUAGCUGCUAGUGGCAGCCUUCCCGCCAAACGUCAGCUCGGAAAGUGGCAGGUUACAGAAAUGAGAGGAGCAGCUUAGAGCUGUCUAGCUUAUUUUUGUAGUGUGGAAUAAUUUAGGAUUUCUGGGGAUCGUUUUGUGGAUGAUCUUUUCAGAAUCCUCUUUAAAAUGCUUUUUCAGACCUUUAAAAUACAGGAGAAUGUGAACACGCCAAUAAAAUUUGUCCUGUUUCCUGUAUUGAUAUUUUUUUAAAAAGUUGAUCAGUUUACUACUUUGUAGUUGGGGGGUGGGGAGGGAAGGAAAAAAGAAAAAGCACGUCUGUGUUAGUUGGAACAGACAGCUAUUGACAUUCAGUAUGUGAAAAAAUUUAAAUAGCAAUUUUGUGGGUGGAAGGAUGAGCCUAGAAGUUCCCAGAAUUUUAUUGGCUCUUCAUUUAGAAGUGGCUAUCAUUUUAAUAAUCCUUUAUCCCUGAGGGUUGCAGUCAGUAUGCCCAAAGAGUAGGUAGGCCCUCUUCAAUCAAAACAAAACAUUUGACUGGUUGCUGUCUGUGCAGCCAGCACAGGAUUCAAACAAGAGAUUUUGGAUUUCUCCCUUUGCUUUUCCAAGCCACGUCGUUUCAGCUGACUGUGACUCAUGCAUUUCUGUUACUUGACUUGGUUUCCUCAGGUGAAGUCUAGCGCAACUCAAAGGUCACUUUGAAAAGCAAGUAGCAGUUUCUUUCUUCUGUGCUGCGUUCAAAUGCUCCUUCAUUCCAGCGUACUCUAACCUGUAACUCUUCCCUCUUCAUCAAUGUGCCAGUCACAGAAUAGUAACUCUUUGUUGUUUUUAUGAGCAAGAAAUACAAUGCCAAUUCCCCAGAGAAACCUUUGGAAUUGCUUUAAAAAAAAAUUGAACCACAACAGUCUUUCCAUUUCUAAGUGGAAGCUGGAACUGCUAAAUUUUGUGCUGAGUCAAGAGUCCUAAAUGAAGACUCCAAUGUGAAACUUUUUGAAGUCUAUUUCCAUUUUGUUUCUUCCUAGUGGCACCACUCUUACACAAGGUAUCAGUCCUGAUUCUCCAGGCUUUCAGUUUUGAGCGCUACAGAGAACAGUGAAAGGAGAAGAACAUCACAGGAUGUGAUGGUAUGUAGAAUGAGGCUUCCAACUAGAAAGAAAAUGCUGUCUUAAUGGCUCUUUGGAGUGCUUGGUUUAACCUAAAUUUGGUCAUCCAAGACUUACUUUCUUAGAGUUGCAUCUCAUGUCCUCAUGUCCUCAAUAUUAAUUGAUGCAGGCUUGCGGGGGGUCAUCUUAUGCUGUUGUCUCCUGCUCCCUGGAUAACAAAGGUCAUGGCAUGUCAAGUAUUUGAUCUGCUAUAAAUUAGAUCUGGGAAGACUUAAAAACUGAAUUUUUGAAAGUUGAAUACAUUUUAUGAUGUUUCUUUUUGAUAUUUUUCUCGUCUUAGGCAAUGGCAGAUUAAUUUCACUUUGAUUGCAGUCAGUUUAUAGCAACUUUUGUUGCCUUAAUUUGCAAAAGCUGAAUGCAAUUGUUCUGGUUUUGUUCUACCGGAUUUACUUAAGUUAUUUUUUUGUCUUGACCUUGACUCUUUUGAUACAGGAAGCUUUUUACAGUGAGAUCAAUGUGGUCUGAUUUAGUGAUAACACAACACAGUGCUGAGCACAGAAAUGAAGUUCACGAUUAGCUUAUAUAUUCUUUUCAUCUCCUCUCUCUCUUCCUUUCUCCCUCGCUCCCCCCUACACCAUUAAUGCUGUCCCUUGUAGCAUAUCCAGUCAUAUUUAUCCACUGGCAGGAGCAGCACCUUGCAAUAAGUGCUUCCCAAGGCUAUGCUGAAAGAGGAUUCAAGGAUGAAAAUGUGUGGGAUAUGGGGGGCUCCAGAGCAGGUUGAAAGGGGUCAAUUUGGAUGCCUUAUUUUUAGUUUUUCUUACAUAUUUUAGAAAUGUUGAACUGUUGGGCACAGUUUGUUCGGGAAAGUGUUUUCACACAGCCAUGUUAAAGCUUUAUAGAAAGGAAGAAAUAGUUAAACAAAAACCUGCAGCCUUUACAGUGCUUCUGAAAUCAUGAUGCCAUGAUCUGCCUCUGUUUUUAUUGGAGAAGGGGGAAACUACUGUCCCUCAGGCCUCUGGCUUGUUGAUAUUAAGCAUCAUUAGUAAAGGUGUUAGUGCUGAAGGAGCAUUACGUAGUAGGCUGUACACAAGCAGCGUGUUUUUUUUUUUUUUAAUUUCCUUUCACAUGUGCCUCUGACAUCUGCCUUGUCAGAGCACUUGUUACUGACUUGCAACUGCUGAUCAGUCAAAUUCCACACUUUUCCCCCUUUUUCAGUAGGGAAAAGCUGGUAGUAAAAUAAAAUUUGAAGCGGAAAGGGCUGGGGACCAAUAUGUAAGCAAGUGAGAGCAGCUGACCUGAGCUUUUGUGCGGUGUGAUGUGGAAUAUUAUUCACUGCCUGCUGGAGGCAUUAAUCUGGGGUUGGAGCUUUUCCUCCGUACUAGCAAGGACAUUUCCCAAAGAACUAGUUAGUAUUACCCUAACACGGUGUGGAUAAAUGCUAGAAUGCAGAGUGAAAGGAGAAGAGUUUCCCUACUGUGCCUGAGUGUGUGGGAUUGGGAUGACAAGGAACUAAUCUAACGAUAGUUCAACUACUGUACCUUUCACUUGAGGAUCAGAAGCAUUUAUUCAAGGUUACUGCGUUUAAGGAUUAAAUCCUUACUGGAUGGUUGUUCCCAUCUUUGUUUCUCAGGUUUAAACUAUGCCUCAUAAAUCACAGUUUCACUGUGAUGAACAUAAAUUACAUAAAACUGCAAUAUUAGGUAAGAUGAAAUCUCCUUCUAGCUCUCUAUUCUGCCGUUGGCCAUUUAUAGAUGUCUAGAAUCAUGGAAUAACUCGGGUUGGGAGGGACCUCUGGAAGUCUCUGCUACAGCCUCCUGCUCAAAGCAGAUCCAGCUAGAUGAGGUUGUCCAUGGUCUUGUCCAGCUGAGUUUUGAAUAUCUCCAAAGAUGGAGGUUCCACAACUCUUCCGGCGUUUGGCCAUCCACGUGGUGCGUGUUGCAACGUGUGUCCGUUGCCUCUUGUCCUGUCACUGUACACCUCCGAGAAGAGUCUGGCCAUGCUCUCUCUGCCCCCUCCUAUUAGGUAGUUCAAGACACCAGUAAGAUUUCGUCCUUUGCCUUCUUUUCUCAAAUCCAAACCAGCCUGGUUCUCCGUCUCUCCUUGAACGUUAUGCGCUCAAGCCCCCAGGGCAUCAACUGGAGUUGCUCCGGAAUGUCAGUUUGUGUCUUGUACUGAGGAGCCCAAAACUGGACACAGAUUCCAGAUAUGAUCUCACAAAUGCUGAGUGGAGUGGAAGACGCAUCACUUUCCUUGACCUGCUGGCUACGCUUCUGCAAGUACAGCCCAGUACAUGAGAGGUCUCCCUUGCUGCAAAGACACGCUGCUGACUCAUGUUCAACUCCUUUGAGUAUAGUAUGAGAAAUGGUGUAGCAAAAUAACCUGGAAAUAUUCUGGAUUGCAUUUGUAUAUAUGCCACCAGCUCAUCCUUCUCUACCAAGGAAGAGUGCCAAACGUGGUCUUCUAGCUUUUUGAACAGGAAGGCAGUGCUGAGGGGUGCUGAUCAUUUUCAUAAAUGUCUUGUGCUUUACCUUAUCAAAUGACAGUUUCAAUUCAAUGUGGAGCUGUACUUUCAACUUCUGCCUUGACCCAGAAUCUUUUGGAUUGUUUUUAAUCCUGCUGCCAGUAAGCUGGACUUGGGCACUAAGAAUGAACCUCUAAAAGGAACAUGGCUAGCUUCAUAGUUUUGUCAUUACAGUACAUUGAGCUUUUGUGUUUGCAGAUGUCAUCCUGCUGCAAAUGAUCUGUCUUCCCAUGUCAACCAGCCUCUCAGACAGCUCCUGUUUCUGCUCUCCUUUCACAAUUUCUUUCCUCCGUAGUUGUUUCUCUCCGUUCCAGAGUCCUUUAACCCAGAUCCUAACUUAAUACCAUUGCUUGCAGGUCCGUGUCUGGUGAGAAGCUGCAUUAGGUUGCAGGUGGACAACACAUUUUUCAGUUAUGUAACUUUUUCUUUUCUUCUGAGUGAAAAAAUAUUUCAAAGCUGCUAUUUCUAUAGCAUACACUACUGCUAUAAAGUGUAGCUUGCAAUGGAGCCAGUUGUCAUGCUGCAGAAUAUAGUUACACUACAAGGUCAUCUGGAGUGCUGGAACUGAUGAGAUUGGGAAGUGAAGCUUUCUUGCGUUUUGGUCUGUAUCUGAUGAAAACACAGCUGUGACUUGGUGUUGGAGUGUCUCCCUCUACGUGGCUGUCUAGUGGCUAUUUGAUGGUGACUAGUUAGAUCAGCAGCCGUUGCCUUUGCUAGGUGCAUUAUAUGCAGGACAGAGAAUGUGCUUAUUCACACAGGCGUGUAUAUAUACAUAUAUAGUAGUCAAAAGCGGAAAACAUCUAGCUGUGAAGGUGGGCUUUCUCUGUUAGAUUCAGUCUUUCAUGGAGCAGCAGUAUGAAUGUUUUACUUUGGACUGAGCAAGACAUUCUGGAAAAUACUAGGUUUUCUUGGAGCACUAUAUUUAAAUUCCAAAAUUUUAAUCCACUUGACUUGUAGCCAUUGUAUUUAUGAUACCUUCUGAAAAUUCUUUUGAUACCUUUUCAAUUUACCAACCCUGAAUUAAAACCCUUGAGAGUAUAUGGCUGGUCCUUUCCUUACAUGUCACUUUAGUUUCAGAGCCUGGGGGUAGUUGUGCCAGGCCAACCCCUUCGCUCUCAAGGUAGAAGAAACCAUUGGCGAUUCAUGGGUGGCAGCUAAGGAAUAAACCCUUUAAAUAUUUUUUUCAGAGAAUAUUAAAUUAGAUCUGUGUAAACAUAAAUUUUAUAUUUAUUAAUAUGUGUGUGUGUGUGUAUGUAAAUAUAGAUAUAUAAAUGGUCCAUGACUAUUUCUUUCUCUUAAAUGGUACUUUACACAGACUUUUUAUACAGUAUGUUGGUAAAUUCCCACACCAGGCACUGAAUCUAAAAGAAUGAUGUACCUAUUUUUGUAAGAAAUGUGGGCAGCCUGUAGAAGCAGCUUUACUUCAGCGAUUGCUUUCAUUCCUCUCUCGGAGCAAAAGAGCCAGUUUGAUGCUUGCAUCCUCCUUGUGUAGGGGCCCUGCUUCCAGCAAAGUCGUGCGUUCAGCAACCCCAACCCAUGCUGUUCUGCUGGCAAGGAAAUCCCCAAAACGGCACUAGUGAAAGCUGGAAUCCUUUCUAGUCUCAGAGUAUCUCUAGGUGCGAUACCUGGAAGCUCUUUACAGAUUCUCCUCUGUAAGUAAUGGGACCUUAUUUCUAAUACAAAUUAAUUGAGGGUCCAUGAGGAUGCUAUAAAGUCGAGGAAGUCUUCCCUGUCUCUCUGUCAGGUGGGUAAGCAAAUGCUGGCGCACUAUGAAAUAGUGUCUUUUCCUUUGUGGUGAGAUUGUUUUCCUUUUAUGAUACUUCUGUCUCUCUUUAUGGGGCCUGAGGUUUAGAUAUCCCUUUAAAAACAAACAUAUAACCAUUUUUCUAAUGUUUGCAUUCACAGAGAGUAAAUUUUACCUAGUCAGUCAAAUUUCAGGCCUGGUUUAACUCCAUGCAGAUUACUGUAUUUGCAUAAGGAUGCCUAUUGACCCACUUGGGCCUUUUGAGAAUUAUUCGUAGAAGCAGAUUAUACUUAGCUGCUUAAUCCUGAGAACUCUCUUACAAAAGUUGAAAUGUGUUUCUCCGUAAGGACUUGAGUGAAUAAUUUUUCCUAGGUUUCUGCUCUCUGGUGGUUGGGCUUUGCUACUUCAGGGAGGCAAGGCUGGUGAUAAGGGGAAUAACCAUAAGACCAGGGAAAGGAAACAGCUUUCCUGCUCAGCACAAAAAAGCCCUUGUGCAAACCAGACUUCCUCUAGUAUUUGACUACUGCUUCAUGUCUGCCACUGAGUUCAGCAAAUGCCCUUUGGAGCCAGCAUCCUGGCCCUAACCUUGGCACCUUAUUCAUGAUCUAGACCAUUCAGUCUCACUUCUGCCCCACUCCGUUUUGUUUAAAGCAGUCCAAAGCAGACCCUUUCCUUAAAGGUAAGGGCAAUGUUGAGGAGAAAUGUCUGCUAGCUUUAAAAAAAAAAAAAAAAAAAAA